GGGGGCUAUUUGUGUUGAAUCACAAAAGCUAUUUGUGUUGAAUCUUAAGCUUGCGGUCUCAACCAUCCCACAGUGAGAGGCAUCUAUGCCAUGUGAAAGGAGGACCUGACCUUCUACAAACCCAGACCAGGUACUGCGGCACUGCUAUCAUCCACAGUACUGAUUCCAACAGGAAGCAGAGACUUGGACUGGACCAUGGCCACCAAGGAAGUUAACAGAGCACAGGUGGUUAGAACCAUGAAGGUGCGUACUUCCCUCAAGGGAGACGACAGCUGGAUCCGUAGAGUGACAGACCCAGAUGAAGAAGAGGGAAAACCACGUAAGCCAGAACUUCCGGAGAAACCCACUGGUCUCUUUUCAGCUGAAUCCAGCCCUGUUACCUCUCUUGCUCCAUGCAACCCCUACAGUCCUACAGUGACACCAGAUGUUGACCCACUGACCCCUGAGGAAAUCACCAAAUGGUCAUUGACAUCUAUCAGGGUCAGACCCCUGGCAAAGUCCUAUGUCCUCUCAGCAGCUAAGAAAUUUGAAUCUCUGGAUUCCCCAACGAGCUCCCCACCAUUCAAAAUCAGCCAGUCACAUUUCCCUAUAAGUAGGCCUGAAGAGUUGUCAGAAGCUGUGGAGGAGUCGAACCCACCAACAGCAGAAUCAAAAGACAAAUCUCUUGGGAAACCUGUGGAACAACCUGCAGUGGAGGAAUCUGUAGAUGCACCUGCUGACCAACCAGAGGCAGCAGAGCCCUCUGAGACAACGACUGAGGAACCUGCAUCUGUGGAAGAAGCUGAUGGAGAACUCAUCGCAAAACUCACUGCAGAACCCACCGUGGGACCCACAGUGGAACCAGCAAGUGAAAUUCAAUCAGAAGAGGCUGCUGUAGAAUCAUUCUUAGAACCUGUAGUGAAACCUGUUGGCAGUGUUUCUGUAGAACCUGCAGUUAGGCCAGUGGCUGUGGAGGCAAUUGAACUUGUAGUUGAGCCUGUGGCUACAGUUAAAUCUGUAGUUGAGCCUGUGGCUGCAGUUAAACCUGUAGUUGAGCCUGUGGCUGCAGUUAAACCUGUAGUUGAGCCUGUGGCUGCAGUUAAACCUGUAGUUGAGCCUGCGGCUGCAGUUAAACCUGUAGUUGAGCCUGUGGCUGCAGUUAAACCUGUAGUUGAGCCUGUGGCUGCAGUUAAACCUGUAGUUGAGCCUGUGGCUGCAGUUAAACCUGUAGUUGAGCCUGUGGCUGCAGUUAAACCUGUAGUUGAGCCCGUGGCUACAGUUAAACCUGUAGUUGAGCCCGUGGCUGCAGUUAAACCUGUAGUUGAGCCUGUAGCUGCAGCUAAACCUGUAGUUGAGCCUGUGGCUGCAGCUAAACCUGUAGUUGAGCCUGUGGCUGCAGCUAAACCUGUAGUUGAGUCUGUGGCUGCAGUUAAACCUGUAGUUGAGCCUGUGGCUGCAGUUAAACAUGUAGUUGAGCCCGUGGCUGCAGUUAAACCUGUAGUUGAGCCCGUGGCUGCAGUUAAACCUGUAGUUGAGCCCGUGGCUGCAGUUAAACCUGUAGUUGAGCCCGUGGCUGCAGUUAAACCUGUAGUUGAGCCCGUGGCUGCAGUUAAACCUGUAGUUGAGCCCGUGGCUGCAGCUAAACCUGUAGUUGAGCCCGUGGCUGCAGCUAAACCUGUAGUUGAGCCUGUGGCUGCAGCUAAACCUGUAGUUGAGCCUGUGGCUGCAGUUAAACCUGUAGUUGAGCCUGUGGCUGCAGCUAAACCUGUAGUUGAGCCUGUGGCUGCAGCUAAACCUGUAGUUGAGCCCGUGGCUGCAGUUAAACCUGUAGUUGAGCCCGUGGCUGCAGUUAAACCUGUAGUUGAGCCCGUGGCUGCAGUUAAACCUGUAGUUGAGCCCGUGGCUGCAGUUAAACCUGUAGUUGAGCCUGUGGCUGCAGUUAAACCUGCAGUUGAGCCUGUGGCUGCAGUUAAACCUGCAGUUGAGCCUGUGGCUGCAGUUAAACCUGUAGUUGAGCCCGUGGCGGCAGUUAAACCUGUAGUUGAGCCCGUGGCGGCAGUUAAACCUGUAGUUGAGCCCGUGGCGGCAGUUAAACCUGUAGUUGAGCCCGUGGCGGCAGUUAAACCUGUAGUUGAGCCUGUGGCUGCAGCUAAACCUGUAGUUGAGCCCGUGGCUGCAGUUAAACCUGUAGUUGAGCCUGUGGCUGCAGUUAAACCUGUAGUUGAGCCUGUGGCUGCAGUUAAACCUGUAGUUGAGGAGUCAACAUCUGAACCCAUCAUUGAAGCUGAAGCUGUGGCUGAAGCAGCUGUUGAAGUUGUUCAGGAAUUAUCAGCUGCUAUUGAACUUGAGGAGGCAUUAGACGUGGAGCUACCUGCUGCUGAAGUCGUGGCAGAUGAUAUAAUAGCACCUGCAUCAGAACCUACACCAUCCCCUUGUGGGGGUCAGGUUCCAUCACUCAUUCAGCAACAGGAGGAUGCUGAACCACAGCAUCAGAUAGUCAAUGACUUUCGUCACACCAAGGAUGGCAAAGCCAUUUGUUCAUACUGUGACAAGUCAAUUGAUGGAAAUGUCAAGAUCACAAUCAAUUACCCACAAAUCUACAGCCACCCAGACUGUUUUAAGUGCGGAUUGUGCAGUAAGGCCUUGGGGGACAUGACGACCUCCAUGUUCGUGCAUGGGAGAGUGAUCCACUGUGAUGGCUGCUUUAUUAAAACCAUGUAGGCCCCAGGGCUUCUCAUCACCUUGACACAGAGGGCACAACAGUGUCAUCCCUGGAACAUCCCUGUCACCAACACAACCAUUUUGACAGAUUACUUGCUAACACUGUUCCAGUUUUUUGUUGUAAGAUGUUAUAAUUCCAGAGUUAUCAUCAAUUUUCCUUCCCUGACACUGAAUGCCAUUAUUUUGUGAAUGUAAGACUUUUUUUCUGUAAACAAAUCACUAUUUUUUGCCCAUUUAUUGUGUUUUCACCAUGUGGAGGGCAUGUAUAUCUUUAAUGAGAAAAAAUAUAUAAAUGAUUUAUGACCGUGUCCAUAAUUUGUCAAUAAUUAACAUCUAAUAACAUUUGUCUUGCUUGUUGUUGUGCAUUAUAUUACCCAUGUGGACAACCUCACUGGAAGUUUUGUUUUACCAUUUGACAUUUGCAUGACAAUGAAAUGAAAUGAAGCACAAUAUUUUAAUACCUUGGGUUCAAAGGCUUUGAUACAUUUUAAUGGCUAAUCAAUUCAACACAGCAUUAUAUACACACCCAAUUCAGUAAAUAGGAUAGCAGGCCACUCACCAGCCAGAAAUCCCCUGAAAAUCAAACACUACAGUUUAAAAGCGGAGAGCAUUAAUACAUAUGGAGAAUGAAAACGGAGUAUCUUAUUUAGCUUAUACCUUUAGCACAUCCAUAGAAUUGGGUUUCCUUGCACCCCACACACAGUAAUCAGUCAAAAGGACAAACAAUAGGUACUACAUCAAGAGUGAAUGCAAAAAAGCUGCCGUAAGUGCUUUGACACACUUAGAAAAGAGCGACUCCCACAUUACACUCCCACAUUUCACUUGAGUGUUGUAGAGAACUUUGGCACAUUCUGCUGUUUUCUCUAGUUACAGUAAUGGACAGCUCAUUUACUAACACAAUCUAAAGCAACAGGAGCUAGAUCAUGUUCACAAUCUAUAUACAUAUCAGUAAGCAAGGCGACGGGUCGGUUUCUUAGUUCUGAUUAGCAUGGAGAGCAGCCAUCUCUCCAAGUCACUCAGAUUUAGAGAGCUAAAUAGAGUCCACAAUCUGACAA